AUGGAGAGCAAGCCAGCAGUGAAUGGCCAUGCUGCCCCCAUCUCUCACCAGGAGGACAUGCCAGGAGCAAACUGCUUGUGCCGGGACGUACUGCCUUGCAAACAGAAAAAAGCAGCUGAUGGGGAUGUGAUGGUGCUGGAUGCUUCUAGUGAGCCCUCGGAGGCAGCUGGCAGCAUUGCUGGAGUGUAUGUGGAGGCUUCUAAGAAGAUAAUGAGCUUUUAUGAUGCCACCAGAGAGCACCUUCUGAGUUUGGAUUCGGCACUCUGUCUUCUCGAGGCCCAGGCAGCCACGGGCUUCAUCACUGACCCGGUGAAGAACAGGCGUGUGUCUGUAGCAGAAGCCACGCAGCUGGGACUGGUGGGGCUGGAGCUGAAGGAGAGGCUGCUCUCUGCAGAGAAAGCUGCUACUGGCUUUGCGGACCCCUACACAGAAGAGAAAAUCUCCCUCUACCAGGCCAUCCAGAAGGACCUGAUCGGGAGGGAGCAAGGUAUUCGGCUGCUAGAGGCCCAGAUUGCAACCGGAGGCAUCAUUGACCCAGCCACCGGCUGCCGGCUCCCCCCAGAUGUUGCCUGUGAGAGGGGAUAUUUAAAUGAAGAGAUGAGACAGCUCCUCUCUGACCCCAGCAAUGAGGACAGCAAAGGGUUCCUCAACCCCAGUACUAUGGAGAGGGUCACUUAUAUGGAGCUUGUAAAGAGGUGUGUCGUUGAUCCGGCCUCAGGCUUCCUCCUCUUGCCCCUGCAAAUCACGUUCCCAGGGCUGGGAGGGAGGGUGAGCAGCAGGGAUCUGCUGGACGCUGGCAUCAUCAGCCCUGACACGUUCAGAGGUCUUGAGGAGGGAAGAGUUUCUGCCCAGGAGGUAGCAGAGGACAACUCUGUACAGCAGUUCCUGCACGGGACAAGGAGCGUGGCUGGUGUUGUCCUGCCUUCCAGUGAGCGGAAGAGCCUUUACCAGGCACUGAGAGAGCAUCUCCUCGUGCCUGGUGCUGCUCUGAUGCUCCUGCAAGUCCAGGCCUCCACCGGCAGCCUGACGGACCCCAUAAAGAACAAAAGCUACUCAGUUGAUGAGGCUGUCAGGGUUGGUCUCAUCGGCCCAGAGCUUCAUGAGAAACUGUCUUCAGCUGAGAGGUCCAUCACUGGAUACAGGGAUCCCUACACUGGAGAAAUGCUCUCUCUGUUCCAAGCCAUCAGGAAGGGCUUUAUCCCCAAGGAUCAUGGCAUUUGCCUUCUGGAGGCCCAGAUGGCCACGGGGGGUAUAAUUGCUCCAGGCAGGCACCUCCGUGUCCCCACAGAGACAGCUUGCAAGUGGGGGUACCUGGAUGAGGCCACAAGACAGCUCCUCUCCAGUCCUACCGAUGACAUGAAAGGGUUCUUCGACCCCAGCUCCAAGGAGAAGAUGAUCUAUGCAGACCUGCUCAAGCAUUGUGUCACUGAUCCCAAAACGGGGCUCCUUCUGCUGCCACUUGCUGGAGAAAGCAGAGAAGGAUCCGAGGGAACCCACCUCUUCUUUGACCAUAGGACCCAGACAGCUCUGGAAAACACACAGGUACCCAUUGGUUUAGGUAAAUUCAAGGGAAAGUCGGUGUCUCUCUGGAAACUCCUCUUCUCAGACUACAUCCAGGGUGAGCGAAGAGCUGCUCUCACCCAGCAGUACCUUGCAGGAACGCUCUCUACACAAGAACUGGGUAAGGCAGUCAGUGCCACCAUUGAGGAAAUGGCUUCCACUGCUAAUGUCACCUUUGAAGGACUGAGGGACCAGGUGACAGCUGACCAGCUCCUGAGCUCUGAAAUCAUCAACAAAGAUUUGUUUAAGAAACUGAAGGAGGGAGAAACAUCAGCCAAAGAAGUUGUCAGCAUGGACACUGUCAAAAAGUACCUGCAAGGAACAGGUAGCAUUGGUGGGCUCCUGCUUCCUGACUCCCAGGAGAAGAUCAGCAUCUACCAGGCAAAGCGGAAAGGACUCUUAAGGCCAGGAACAUCACUGAUCCUUCUGGAGGCACAGGCUGCUACUGGAUUUAUCAUUGACCCAGCUGCCAACAAAAGGUAUUCUGUGGAUGAGGCAUUAAGAGCGAACGUCAUUGGCCCAGAUGUUUAUGAUAAGCUACUGACUGCAGAGAAAUCAGUCACCGGCUACAGAGAUCCUUACUCAGGAAACAAGAUCUCCCUCUUCCAGGCCAUGAAGAAGGAGCUCAUCGUCAAGGAGCACGCUAUCCGCCUGCUCGAGGCCCAGAUCGCCACCGGCGGCAUCAUCGACCCCGUCAACAGCCACCGCAUCCCUGUGGAGGUGGCCUACCGGCGCGGCUACUUCGACAAGAAGGUGAACUUAAUCCUUUCUGAUCCCACCGACGACACCAAGGGCUUCUUCGACCCCAACACCCACGAGAACCUCACCUACCUGCAGCUGAAGGAGAAGUGCAUCACAGAGUCCUCCACUGGGCUCUGCCUCCUUCCUCUGAACAGCAGGAAGCGCCAGUUCAUUGAUGACACCACCAGACGGGUGUUCAGGAGCUCCUGGCUGCCGGUCAGGUUUGGGCGGUUACGGGGGGAGAAGGUCUCUGUGUGGGACUUGCUGAACUCCGAGUACUUCAGCGAGGGGAGGCGCCGGGAGAUAUUCAACCACUACCAGCUGAGGAAGCUCACCCUGGAGCAAAUCCGGAUCAUGUUGGAGGAGGAAAUGAAAAAAUGGGCCCCCAUCAAAUUCCCAGCCAUGAGAGGCAGCGUCAGCGCUUACCACCUGAUGGAAACAGGUGUCAUUGACAAGGCCCUGUUUGAGAAGGUGUUGGAGGGAUCCGUCACACCGGAGGAAGUCCUGCGCAUGGACUCUGUCAGAAAGUACCUCUAUGGCUCUGGCAGCAUUGGGGGGAUUGUACUCCAGCCGUCAAACCAGAGGAUAAGCAUUUAUGAGGCCAUGAAGAAAAACAUUGUGGUACCAGGAGUAGCCCUCCCACUGCUAGAGGCCCAGGCUGCCACAGGCUUCAUCAUUGACCCAGUCAACAACCAGAAACUCUGUGUGGAUGACGCCAUCAAGGAGGGAGUCAUUGGGCCAGAAGUCCAUGAGAAGCUGCAGCAUGCAGAAGGGGCUGUAACAGGCUAUAAAGAUCCUUUCACAGGCAAGAAGAUACCCCUCUUCCAGGCGAUGAAGAAGGGCCUGAUUCCUGACAAACAGGCCAUGCAGUUGAUGGAGGUGCAGAUGGCUACAGGAGGCAUCAUUGACCCAACAUGUGGCCACCAUAUCCCCAUAGAAUCUGCCCAGAAGCGAGGGUGCCUGGAUGAGGACACAAGCAAGGCCCUUUCUAAGCCCAGUGACAACAGAGCCUUCUGCACCCCAGACAGCAAAGAGACCGUCACCUAUGCCGAGCUAAUCAAGCGCUGCCAGAAGGACGAGAUCUCUGGCUUCCACUUGCUGCCUCUGCCACAGACAGCUGCUCCUGCCUACACCGACGAACAAAUCCAACGGAUUUUUAAGGAAACUGUGGUGAAGGAAAAAGGGGUCUCCCUCUGGGACCUAAUCCACUCUGGGUAUUUCACUGAGGAGCAGAGGAGCGACUUCAUGGAGAGGUUCAGGUCUGAGGAAAUGCCACUGCAGCAGCUGGUUGCUCUUGUGUUCAGACUGGUUGGGGAGAUGGAAAUGAAAGCCUGCACGCACAUCACCCUGGAAGGCUUGCGGGGCAGUGUCCCUGCAGUCUGGCUGCUGGAUGCUGGCAUCAUUACUGAGAAGACAUUUGAAGAACUGGCUCAGGGCAUAAGAACUCCCGAGGAAGUGGCUGCCAUGGAGAGUGUGAAGAGGUACUUGCAGGGCACAGGCAGCAUUGCUGGGGUAUUCAUAGAGGCAUCCAAAAAGAAGAUGAGCUUUUACGAUGCCAUGAAAAAUGAUCUCCUCCUCCCUGGGGCUGCUCUGAGGCUGCUAGAAGCCCAGGCAGCCACAGGAUACCUAACUGACCCAGCAACAAACCGGAGACUCAACGUGAGGGAUGCUGUGAAAGCAGCUGUUGUUGGUGAAGAGCUCACCGAAAAACUUCUUCUAGCUGAGAGGGCAGCGACUGGCUACACAGACCCCUACACGGGGAGCUCCAUCUCACUAUGCCAAGCACUCAGGAAAGAGCUGAUUCCCCUGGGAGAUGCUAUUCCCUUGCUAGAGGCCCAGCUGGCUACAGGAGGGGUCAUUGAUCCCAUUCACCACCAUCACCUUCCGCUCCAGGCUGCAUGCAGAUAUGGCUUCUACGAUGAGGACCUGAACCAGACCCUCUCUCAGCUGAAUGACAGCACCAAAAUCUUUUUUGAUCCAAACACAAAGGAUAAUGUGACCUACCAGCAGCUGAAGGACAGGUGCAUUCAUGAGGCUGAGUCAGGUCUCUGGCUCCUUCCUCUGUCAGAAAACGCGAUGUUCUGUGUGGAUGAACAAACCAUGGAGGUGCUGAAAUCUGUGACUGUUUGUGUCAACAUAGGGCGGUUCAAAGGACAGACAGUGUCAGUCUGGGACCUUCUCAACUCUGAAUACCUCUCAGACCGCAAGAGAAGAGAGCUAGUGCAAAAGUACAAAGAUGACAAUACUGAAGUGCUACGUGAAAUCGUAACAAUUGUCACCACAAUCAUCAAUGAGACUGAGACACAAGGCAAGAAGUUUGCAUUCAAGGGCCUGCGGAAAAGAGUAUCCGCCAGUGACCUCUUCCAGUCUCAACUGAUAGACAAAAAAACCCUCGAUGAGCUCAACCAGGGGAAGAAAACAGUCAAAGAAGUCACUGAAAUGGACUCUGUCCGCAGGUACCUGGAGGGCAGCAAUUUCAUAGCAGGGGUCCUUAUACAGCCAAGCAACGACAAGAUGAGCAUCUACCAGGCCAUGAGGAAGGGCAUCCUGAGGCCUGGGACAGCAUUGGUGCUGCUGGAGGCACAGGCUGCCACUGGCUACAUCAUUGACCCAGAGAAAAACAAGAAGUUUUCAGUGGAGGAAGCAUUAACUGCAGGUUUAAUUGGAGGGGAGAUUUUUGAAAAGCUACUCUGUGCAGAAAGAGCCGUGACAGGCUACACCGACCCCUACACAAAAGCCCCAAUGUCCCUAUUUGAAGCUAUGAACCAAGGACUGAUUGUGAAGAGCCACGGUAUCCGCCUGCUCGAGGCCCAGAUCGCCACCGGCGGCAUCAUCGACCCCGUGCACAGCCACCGUAUCCCCGUAGAGGUGGCCUACCAGCGUGGCUACUUUGACCAGGAGAUGAACCAGAUCCUCUCCGACCCCACCGACGACACCAAGGGCUUCUUCGACCCCAACACCCACGAGAACCUCACCUACAUGCAGCUCCUGGAGAGAUGUGUCCAAGAUUCAGAGACUGGGUUGUACAUGCUGCAAGUUGUACAGGAAGGAGGAAAGUACUUCUACAUUGAUGAACUUACAAAACAGGUUUUGCGCUCAAAGCCCCUUGAAGUGAAAGUUGGAAAGUUUAAGGACCAAACAGUUUCCGUCUGGGAAAUUCUCUGCUCUCAUUACGUCUCCGAGCAGAAAAGGAAAGAACUAGUGAUGCAGUACAAAUGCAAAACCGUCACACUGGAAGAUCUUAUAACCCUCAUCCUCAAAAUAAUUGAGGAUGCAGAGCAAAAAGCAGAAGCCCUCAAGGUUAAAGGACUCCGGGGGGAUGUGUCAAUAUCAGAAUUGUUUAACUCUGAGAUCAUUGACAAGAAAACUCUAGAUCAGCUCCAGGAUGGGAGUCUCACGCUUGCCAGUCUCACAAAGAGGGAGACCAUCAACAGGUACUUGGAUGGCACUGGAUGCAUUGCUGGGGUUCUACUCCCAUCAAGGAAAGAGAAGAUGAGCAUCUACCAGGCCCUGAAAAAGGGCUUACUCACAGAGCAAUGUGCCCUGGGGCUGCUGGAGGCACAGGCUGCCACUGGUUUUCUCAUUGACCCACUGAAAAAUAAGAAGCUUUCCGUGGAUGAGGCUGUCUCGUCGGGGCUGGUGGGCAGCAACUUGCACAAGAAGCUCCUGUUGGCAGAGAAAGCUGUGACAGGAUACACAGAUCCUCAUGCAGGAAAUAAAAUAUCCCUCUUCCAGGCCAUAAGGCAAAAGAUAACAGUCAAGGAGCACAGCAUCCACCUGCUUGAGGCCCAGCUCGCCACUGGUGGCAUCAUUGACCCCACGCACAGCCACCGCCUCCCUGUGGAGGUGGCCUACCGUCGUGGCUACUUGGAUGAAGAUAUGUUUCUCCUACUUUCUGAUCCAGAUCAUGGUAGCAAAGGUUUUAUAGAUCCAAACACUCAUGAGAAAAUCAGUUACAGUCAGCUCCUACAGAGAUGUUCCAAAGACAGAGAUACUGGAUUGUACCUGCUGCAAGUCAUGGAAAAAGAUGAUGACUAUUUCUACAUUGACGAGCAAACAAAAAAUGCCCUAUUAUCUACAAAGGUACAAGUGCCUAUUGGAAAAUACAAAGGACAUGUAUUAUCACUGUGGGAACUUCUCUGUUCUGAGUACAUCACAGAAGACAAAAGAAAAGAACUGGUGAAAAAAUAUAAAGAGGAAUCCCAUCACAUUAUACAAGGAAUCAUUGAUACAAUACUAAAUAUCAUUAAAGAAAAAGAAGAGCACAGGAGUGAUGUCUGGUUCCAAGGACUCAGACAACAGAUAACAGCAUCAGAACUCCUCAGAGCACAGAUAAUUACAGAAGAAACAAUGGAAAAACUCCAUGAAGGAAAAGAGACGGCACAAGAAAUAGCACAAAUGGACAGUGUGAGAAGAUACCUUGAGGGAACUGGAAGCAUCGCCGGCGUGCUGGUGCCCUCCAAGGCCGACCCCGCCAAGAUGGAGAAGAUGAGCAUCUACCAGGCCAUGUGGAAGGGCAUCCUGAGACCAGGGACAGCGCUGGUGCUGCUGGAGGCACAGGCUGCCACCGGCUUCGUUGUCGACCCGCUCACCAACAAGAAGCUUUCCGUGGACGAGGCCGUCUCGUCCGGGCUGGUGGGCAGCGAGCUACAAAAAAAGCUUCUUUGCGCAGAGAGAGCUGUGACAGGUUACACUGACCCCUGCACAGGACAAAAGAUGUCACUCUUCCAGGCCAUGAAGAAGGAGCUCAUUGUCAAGGAGCACGGCAUCCGCCUGCUCGAGGCCCAGAUCGCCACCGGCGGCAUCAUCGACCCCGUGCACAGCCACCGCCUCCCCGUGGAGGUGGCCUACCGGCGCGGCUACUUUGACCAGGAGAUGAACCAGAUCCUCUCCGACCCCACCGAUGACACCAAGGGCUUCUUCGACCCCAACACCCACGAGAACCUCACCUACAUGCAGCUCCUCCGCCGCUGCGUGCCCGACCCGGACACGGGGCUGCUCAUGCUCCAGCUGAUGGACAAGGGCUCCGUGCUCUACCAGCUGACCGAGGACGCCCGGAAAGCCCUGCAGGCUGCCCGCACCACCAUCAGCGUGGGGCUCUUCCAGGGCCAGAGCGUCACCGUCUGGGAGCUCCUCUUCUCCCGCUACAUCCCCGACCACCGGCGCCAGGACCUCCUCCGGAAGUACAAGGCGGGGACAGUCACCAUCUCGGAGAUGAUCAACCUCCUCACCGCCAUCAUCACCGGGGCUGAAGGCCAGGGCCACGGAGCUGCCCUGGCCCGCAAGCCGACGGAGCGGGAGGCCCCACCGCCGGCCGAGAACGGCGAGGCCACCGACUCCCGGCAGGAGCGGGAGCGGGAGCUGGAGCUGGAGCGGUCCCUGAAGUCCCGCACUGUCGAGGUCUCGGCGGAUGGCUUCCACGGUAGGAAGGUCUCCCUGUGGGAGCUCCUCUUCUCCAAAUACGUCUCCGAGGCAAAGAGGCAGGAGCUGCUGGGGAAGGUCCGGGCCGGGAGCCUGGCGCUGGACGAGCUGGCAAGGCUCCUCACCGUCCUCAUCGAGGAGGCGGUGGAACGCAGCAGCAACGUGAAAUUCACGGGCCUCAGGAGGCAGGUGACCGCCUCGGACCUGGUGGACUCGGGCAUCAUCGACAAGGACACGCUGGCCGACCUCGUCCAGGGCUCCAAGACGGUGGAGGAGGUGAAGGAAAUGGCCUCCGUCAAGCGGUACCUGGACGGCACGGGCUGCAUCGCCGGCGUGCUGGUGCCCUCCAAGGCCGACCCCGCCAAGAUGGAGAAGAUGAGCAUCUACCAGGCCAUGUGGAAGGGCAUCCUGAGGCAGGGCACGGCCCUGGUGCUGCUGGAGGCGCAGGCUGCCACCGGCUUCGUCGUUGACCCGCUCACCAACAAGAAGCUCUCCGUGGACGAGGCCGUCUCGUCCGGGCUGGUGGGCAGCGAGCUGCACGAGAAGCUCCUGUCGGCCGAGAGGGCCGUGACGGGCUACACCGACCCCUACACCGGCGACCAGAUCUCCCUCUUCCAGGCCAUGAAGAAGGAGCUCAUUGUCAAGGAGCACGGCAUCCGCCUGCUCGAGGCCCAGAUCGCCACCGGCGGCAUCAUCGACCCCGUGCACAGCCACCGCCUCCCCGUGGAGGUGGCCUACCGGCGCGGCUACUUUGACCAGGAGAUGAACCAGAUCCUCUCCGACCCCACCGACGACACCAAGGGCUUCUUCGACCCCAACACCCACGAGAACCUCACCUACAUGCAGCUCCUCCGCCGCUGCGUGCCCGACCCGGACACGGGGCUGCUCAUGCUCCAGCUGAUGGACAAGGGCUCCGUGCUCUACCAGCUGACCGAGGACGCCCGGAAAGCCCUGCAGGCUGCCCGCACCACCAUCAGCGUGGGGCUCUUCCAGGGCCAGAGCGUCACCGUCUGGGAGCUCCUCUUCUCCCGCUACAUCCCCGACCACCGGCGCCAGGACCUCCUCCGGAAGUACAAGGCGGGGACAGUCACCAUCUCGGAGAUGAUCAACCUCCUCACCGCCAUCAUCACCGGGGCUGAAGGCCAGGGCCACGGAGCUGCCCUGGCCUGCAAGCCGACGGAGCGGGAGGCCCCACCGCCGGCCGAGAACGGCGAGGCCACCGACUCCCGGCAGGAGCGGGAGCGGGAGCGGGAGCGGUCCCUGAAGUCCCGCACUGUCGAGGUCUCGGCGGAUGGCUUCCACGGUAGGAAGGUCUCCCUGUGGGAGCUCCUCUUCUCCAAAUACGUCUCCGAGGCAAAGAGGCAGGAGCUGCUGGGGAAGGUCCGGGCCGGGAGCCUGGCGCUGGACGAGCUGGCAAGGCUCCUCACCGUCCUCAUCGAGGAGGCGGUGGAACGCAGCAGCAACGUGAAAUUCACGGGCCUCAGGAGGCAGGUGACCGCCUCGGACCUGGUGGACUCGGGCAUCAUCGACAAGGACACGCUGGCCGACCUCGUCCAGGGCUCCAAGACGGUGGAGGAGGUGAAGGAAAUGGCCUCCGUCAAGCGGUACCUGGACGGCACGGGCUGCAUCGCCGGCGUGCUGGUGCCCUCCAAGGCCGACCCCGCCAAGAUGGAGAAGAUGAGCAUCUACCAGGCCAUGUGGAAGGGCAUCCUGAGGCAGGGCACGGCCCUGGUGCUGCUGGAGGCGCAGGCUGCCACCGGCUUCGUCGUUGACCCGCUCACCAACAAGAAGCUCUCCGUGGACGAGGCCGUCUCGUCCGGGCUGGUGGGCAGCGAGCUGCACGAGAAGCUCCUGUCGGCCGAGAGGGCCGUGACGGGCUACACCGACCCCUACACCGGCGACCAGAUCUCCCUCUUCCAGGCCAUGAAGAAGGAGCUCAUUGUCAAGGAGCACGGCAUCCGCCUGCUCGAGGCCCAGAUCGCCACCGGCGGCAUCAUCGACCCCGUGCACAGCCACCGCCUCCCCGUGGAGGUGGCCUACCGGCGUGGCUACUUUGACCAGGAGAUGAACCAGAUCCUCUCCGACCCCACCGACGACACCAAGGGCUUCUUCGACCCCAACACCCACGAGAACCUCACCUACAUGCAGCUCCUCCGCCGCUGCGUGCCCGACCCGGACACGGGGCUGCUCAUGCUCCAGCUGAUGGACAAGGGCUCCGUGCUCUACCAGCUGACCGAGGACGCCCGGAAAGCCCUGCAGGCUGCCCGCACCACCAUCAGCGUGGGGCUCUUCCAGGGCCAGAGCGUCACCGUCUGGGAGCUCCUCUUCUCCCGCUACAUCCCCGACCACCGGCGCCAGGACCUCCUCCGGAAGUACAAGGCGGGGACAGUCACCAUCUCGGAGAUGAUCAACCUCCUCACCGCCAUCAUCACCAGGGCUGAAGGCCAGGGCCACGGAGCUGCCCUGGCCCGCAAGCCGACGGAGUGGGAGGCCCCACCGCCGGCCGAGAACGGCGAGGCCGCCGACUCCCGGCAGGAGCGGGAGCGGGAGCUGGAGCUGGAGCGGUCCCUGAAGUCCCGCACUGUCGAGGUCUCGGCGGAUGGCUUCCACGGUAGGAAGGUCUCCCUGUGGGAGCUCCUCUUCUCCAAAUACGUCUCCGAGGCAAAGAGGCAGGAGCUGCUGGGGAAGGUCCGGGCCGGGAGCCUGGCGCUGGACGAGCUGGCAAGGCUCCUCACCGUCCUCAUCGAGGAGGCGGUGGAACGCAGCAGCAACGUGAAAUUCACGGGCCUCAGGAGGCAGGUGACCGCCUCGGACCUGGUGGACUCGGGCAUCAUCGACAAGGACACGCUGGCCGACCUCGUCCAGGGCUCCAAGACGGUGGAGGAGGUGAAGGAAAUGGCCUCCGUCAAGCGGUACCUGGACGGCACGGGCUGCAUCGCCGGCGUGCUGGUGCCCUCCAAGGCCGACCCCGCCAAGAUGGAGAAGAUGAGCAUCUACCAGGCCAUGUGGAAGGGCAUCCUGAGGCAGGGCACGGCCCUGGUGCUGCUGGAGGCGCAGGCUGCCACCGGCUUCGUCGUUGACCCGCUCACCAACAAGAAGCUCUCCGUGGACGAGGCCGUCUCGUCCGGGCUGGUGGGCAGCGAGCUGCACGAGAAGCUCCUGUCGGCCGAGAGGGCCGUGACGGGCUACACCGACCCCUACACCGGCGACCAGAUCUCCCUCUUCCAGGCCAUGAAGAAGGAGCUCAUUGUCAAGGAGCACGGCAUCCGCCUGCUCGAGGCCCAGAUCGCCACCGGCGGCAUCAUCGACCCCGUGCACAGCCACCGCCUCCCCGUGGAGGUGGCCUACCGGCGCGGCUACUUUGACCAGGAGAUGAACCAGAUCCUCUCCGACCCCACCGACGACACCAAGGGCUUCUUCGACCCCAACACCCACGAGAACCUCACCUACAUGCAGCUCCUCCGCCGCUGCGUGCCCGACCCGGACACGGGGCUGCUCAUGCUCCAGCUGAUGGACAAGGGCUCCGUGCUCUACCAGCUGACCGAGGACGCCCGGAAAGCCCUGCAGGCUGCCCGCACCACCAUCAGCGUGGGGCUCUUCCAGGGCCAGAGCGUCACCGUCUGGGAGCUCCUCUUCUCCCGCUACAUCCCCGACCACCGGCGCCAGGACCUCCUCCGGAAGUACAAGGCGGGGACAGUCACCAUCUCGGAGAUGAUCAACCUCCUCACCGCCAUCAUCACCAGGGCUGAAGGCCAGGGCCACGGAGCUGCCCUGGCCCGCAAGCCGACGGAGUGGGAGGCCCCACCGCCGGCCGAGAACGGCGAGGCCGCCGACUCCCGGCAGGAGCGGGAGCGGGAGCUGGAGCUGGAGCGGUCCCUGAAGUCCCGCACUGUCGAGGUCUCGGCGGAUGGCUUCCACAGUAGGAAGGUCUCCCUGUGGGAGCUCCUCUUCUCCAAAUACGUCUCCGAGGCAAAGAGGCAGGAGCUGCUGGGGAAGGUCCGGGCCGGGAGCCUGGCGCUGGACGAGCUGGCAAGGCUCCUCACCGUCCUCAUCGAGGAGGCGGUGGAACGCAGCAGCAACGUGAAAUUCACGGGCCUCAGGAGGCAGGUGACCGCCUCGGACCUGGUGGACUCGGGCAUCAUCGACAAGGACACGCUGGCUGACCUCGUCCAGGGCUCCAAGACGGUGGAGGAGGUGAAGGAAAUGGCCUCCGUCAAGCGCUACCUGGACGGCACGGGCUGCAUCGCCGGCGUGCUGGUGCCCUCCAAGGCCGACCCCGCCAAGAUGGAGAAGAUGAGCAUCUACCAGGCCAUGUGGAAGGGCAUCCUGAGGCAGGGCACGGCCCUGGUGCUGCUGGAGGCGCAGGCUGCCACCGGCUUCGUCGUUGACCCGCUCACCAACAAGAAGCUCUCCGUGGACGAGGCCGUCUCGUCCGGGCUGGUGGGCAGCGAGCUGCACGAGAAGCUCCUGUCGGCCGAGAGGGCCGUGACGGGCUACACCGACCCCUACACCGGCGACCAGAUCUCCCUCUUCCAGGCCAUGAAGAAGGAGCUCAUUGUCAAGGAGCACGGCAUCCGCCUGCUCGAGGCCCAGAUCGCCACCGGCGGCAUCAUCGACCCCGUGCACAGCCACCGCCUCCCCGUGGAGGUGGCCUACCGGCGUGGCUACUUUGACCAGGAGAUGAACCAGAUCCUCUCCGACCCCACCGACGACACCAAGGGCUUCUUCGACCCCAACACCCACGAGAACCUCACCUACAUGCAGCUCCUCCGCCGCUGCGUGCCCGACCCGGACACGGGGCUGCUCAUGCUCCAGCUGAUGGACAAGGGCUCCGUGCUCUACCAGCUGACCGAGGACGCCCGGAAAGCCCUGCAGGCUGCCCGCACCACCAUCAGCGUGGGGCUCUUCCAGGGCCAGAGCGUCACCGUCUGGGAGCUCCUCUUCUCCCGCUACAUCCCCGACCACCGGCGCCAGGACCUCCUCCGGAAGUACAAGGCGGGGACAGUCACCAUCUCGGAGAUGAUCAACCUCCUCACCGCCAUCAUCACCAGGGCUGAAGGCCAGGGCCACGGAGCUGCCCUGGCCCGCAAGCCGACGGAGUGGGAGGCCCCACCGCCGGCCGAGAACGGCGAGGCCGCCGACUCCCGGCAGGAGCGGGAGCGGGAGCUGGAGCUGGAGCGGUCCCUGAAGUCCCGCACUGUCGAGGUCUCGGCGGAUGGCUUCCACGGUAGGAAGGUCUCCCUGUGGGAGCUCCUCUUCUCCAAAUACGUCUCCGAGGCAAAGAGGCAGGAGCUGCUGGGGAAGGUCCGGGCCGGGAGCCUGGCGCUGGACGAGCUGGCAAGGCUCCUCACCGUCCUCAUCGAGGAGGCAGUGGAACGCAGCAGCAACGUGAAAUUCACGGGCCUCAGGAGGCAGGUGACCGCCUCGGACCUGGUGGACUCGGGCAUCAUCGACAAGGACACGCUGGCCGACCUCGUCCAGGGCUCCAAGACGGUGGAGGAGGUGAAGGAAAUGGCCUCCGUCAAGCGCUACCUGGACGGCACGGGCUGCAUCGCCGGCGUGCUGGUGCCCUCCAAGGCCGACCCCGCCAAGAUGGAGAAGAUGAGCAUCUACCAGGCCAUGUGGAAGGGCAUCCUGAGGCAGGGCACGGCCCUGGUGCUGCUGGAGGCGCAGGCUGCCACCGGCUUCGUCGUUGACCCGCUCACCAACAAGAAGCUCUCCGUGGACGAGGCCGUCUCGUCCGGGCUGGUGGGCAGCGAGCUGCACGAGAAGCUCCUGUCGGCCGAGAGGGCCGUGACGGGCUACACCGACCCCUACACCGGCGACCAGAUCUCCCUCUUCCAGGCCAUGAAGAAGGAGCUCAUUGUCAAGGAGCACGGCAUCCGCCUGCUCGAGGCCCAGAUCGCCACCGGCGGCAUCAUCGACCCCGUGCACAGCCACCGCCUCCCCGUGGAGGUGGCCUACCGGCGCGGCUACUUUGACCAGGAGAUGAACCAGAUCCUCUCCGACCCCACCGACGACACCAAGGGCUUCUUCGACCCCACCGACGACACCAAGGGCUUCUUCGACCCCAACACCCACGAGAACCUCACCUACAUGCAGCUCCUCCGCCGCUGCGUGCCCGACCCGGACACGGGGCUGCUCAUGCUCCAGCUGAUGGACAAGGGCUCCGUGCUCUACCAGCUGACCGAGGACGCCCGGAAAGCCCUGCAGGCUGCCCGCACCACCAUCAGCGUGGGGCUCUUCCAGGGCCAGUGCGUCACCGUCUGGGAGCUCCUCUUCUCCCGCUACAUCCCCGACCACCGGCGCCAGGACCUCCUCCGGAAGUACAAGGCGGGGACAGUCACCAUCUCGGAGAUGAUCAACCUCCUCACCGCCAUCAUCACCGGGGCUGAAGGCCAGGGCCACGGAGCUGCCCUGGCCCGCAAGCCGACGGAGCGGGAGGCCCCACCGCCGGCCGAGAACGGCGAGGCCGCCGACUCCCGGCAGGAGCGGGAGCGGGAGCUGGAGCUGGAGCGGUCCCUGAAGUCCCGCACUGUCGAGGUCUCGGCGGAUGGCUUCCACGGUAGGAAGGUCUCCCUGUGGGAGCUCCUCUUCUCCAAAUACGUCUCCGAGGCAAAGAGGCAGGAGCUGCUGGGGAAGGUCCGGGCCGGGAGCCUGGCGCUGGACGAGCUGGCAAGGCUCCUCACCGUCCUCAUCGAGGAGGCGGUGGAACGCAGCAGCAACGUGAAAUUCACGGGCCUCAGGAGGCAGGUGACCGCCUCGGACCUGGUGGACUCGGGCAUCAUCGACAAGGACACACUGGCCGACCUCGUCCAGGGCUCCAAAACGGUGGAGGAGGUGAAGGAAAUGGCCUCCGUCAAGCGCUACCUGGACGGCACGGGCUGCAUCGCCGGCGUGCUGGUGCCCUCCAAGGCCGACCCCGCCAAGAUGGAGAAGAUGAGCAUCUACCAGGCCAUGUGGAAGGGCAUCCUGAGGCAGGGCACGGCCCUGGUGCUGCUGGAGGCGCAGGCUGCCACCGGCUUCGUCGUUGACCCGCUCACCAACAAGAAGCUCUCCGUGGACGAGGCCGUCUCGUCCGGGCUGGUGGGCAGCGAGCUGCACGAGAAGCUCCUGUCGGCCGAGAGGGCCGUGACGGGCUACACCGACCCCUACACCGGCGACCAGAUCUCCCUCUUCCAGGCCAUGAAGAAGGAGCUCAUUGUCAAGGAGCACGGCAUCCGCCUGCUCGAGGCCCAGAUCGCCACCGGCGGCAUCAUCGACCCCGUGCACAGCCACCGCCUCCCCGUGGAGGUGGCCUACCGGCGCGGCUACUUUGACCAGGAGAUGAACCAGAUCCUCUCCGACCCCACCGACGACACCAAGGGCUUCUUCGACCCCAACACCCACGAGAACCUCACCUACAUGCAGCUCCUCCGCCGCUGCGUGUCUGACCCGGACACUGAGACAACGCAGAAGAUGAGUGGACCUCCUCAGAACAACAAGUCAAGCAACAUAGGAAGUAACCUGAUGGCAGGUGGACACAAAGAGAUGGGUGGGGGUGGGAGUAACUUCAUAGCUGGAGUUUUCAUCCAGGCCAUGAAUAAGAAGAUGAGUAUCUACGACGCCAUGAUGAGGGGGCUCCUGACACCAGGUACAGCCCUGGUGCUGCUGGAGGCACAGGCUGCUUCGGGGUUCCUCGCCGACCCUGUGAGGAACGAGAAACUGUCGGUGAAAGAGGCACUGACUGCAGGACUCGUAGGCACAGAUUUUUACGAGAAGCUGCUGUCGGCAGAAGGAGCUGUGACAGGGUACACAGAGCCGUACACAGGGCACAAGAUCUCCCUCUUCCAGGCCAUGAAGAAAGAGUUCAUCGUCAAGGAGCACGCUGUCCGCCUGCUCGAGGCCCAGAUCGCCACCGGCGGCAUCAUCGACCCCGUGCACAGCCACCGCAUCCCCGUGGAGGUGGCCUACCAGCAUGGCUACUUUGACCAGGAGAUGUGCCAGUUUCUUUCUAACCCCAAGAAUCAAACAAGAAGUUGCUUCGACCCCAACACGCAUGAAAACCUCACUUAUACACAGCUCCUCCGCCGCUGCGUGCCCGACCCGGACACGGGGCUGCUCAUGCUCCACGUGAUGGACAAGGGCUCCGUGCUCUACCAGCUGAACAAGGACGCCCGGAAAGCCCUGCAGGCCGCCCGCACCACCGUCAGCGUGGGGCUCUUCCAGGGCCAGAGCGUCACCGUCUGGGAGCUCCUCUUCUCCCGCUACAUCCCUGAUCACCAGAGAGAGGAGCUGCUGAGGAAAUACAAGGCAGGGACAGUGACCAUCCCAGAGAUGAUCACCAUCCUCACCACCAUCAUCACCAGGAAGGAUGAUGAUUCCCCCAAAGAAGAACCAUGGGAAACAGCCUUGAAAACCACAGUCGUUGACAUGGAGGUCGGAGAGUUUCGGGGCCACAAGGUCUCUGUGUGGGACCUGCUCCACUCCAAGUAUAUCCCUGAGGAGAACAGAAAGGAGCUGCUGGAGCUGUACCAGGGAGGGGUGUUAACCCUUGAGCAGGUGAAAACCGUUGUCAGCACUAUUGUCACCAAGGCUGAAGCAGCAAAGGCAGAGCAAUUGGCAAAUGGGAGUCGUCCAAGAGCAGAGUCGACAGUUGCAGAAGCUGAGCACACCCACCUGCAGGAGGACAGGACCUGGGAAGAGACCCUGAAGUCCACCACCGUUGAGAUGUCAGUGGAUGACUUCCAGGGGAGGCAGGUCUCCGUGUGGGACCUGCUCUUCUCCGACUACAUCCCUGAGGAGAAAAGGCAGGAGCUCCUGGAGCUGUACUGUGCAGGGACAUUGGCCUUGGAGCGUUUAAUAAUUGUUGUCACCACUCUCAUUAAGAAAAAAGAAUCUACAGGCAGGAAGUUCCUAAUUGCAGUCAAGACUUCUGACAAGGACACUGUGUCAGCAGCAGGAGAGAAGGAUGAUGACUCCCCUGAAGAAGAACCAUGGGAAACAGCCUUGAAAACCACAGUCGUUGACAUGGAGGUUGGGGAGUUUCAAGGCCACAAGGUCUCCGUGUGGGACCUGCUCCACUCCAAGUAUAUCCCUGAGGAGAACAGAAAGGAGCUGCUGGAGCUGUACCAGGCAGGAGAGUUAACCCUUGAGCAGGUGAAAACCGUUGUCAGCACUAUUGUCACCAAGGCUGAAGCAGCAAAGGCAGAGCAAUUGGCAAAUGGGAGUCGUCCAAGAGCAGAGUCGACAGUUGCAGAAGCUGAGCACACCCACCUGCAGGAGGACAGGACCUGGGAAGAGACCCUGAAGUCCACCACAGUUGAGAUGUCAGUGGAUGAGUUCCAGGGGAGGCAGGUCUCCGUGUGGGACCUGCUCUUCUCCAGCUACAUCCCUGAGGAGAAAAGGCAGGAGCUCCUGGAGCUGUACCGUGCAGGGACACUCACCAUUCAGGAACUGGUCAGCACCGCCAGCAGCAUUGUGACAAACAGCAAAGAAAGGCAUCUUGCAACCCUUCCCCAGCAGACAGUGGAUCUCCUCCAGUCUGAGGGCUCCUACAUUACUUUUGGCCAGUUCCAGGAGCAGAAGGUGUCAGUGUGGGAGCUCCUCUCCACCAAGCAGGUCUCCGAGUACAAACGAGAGGCACAUCUCGACACUUACGGCACAGGAGGGCUGACCGUGAACAAGAUCACCAUCACCACCACCGUCAUCACAGGCCCACAGCGUAAGAAGAGACACCACCAGGACCACUAGCACCACCCACCCCAGAAGAGGAGCGAGCUCUGCCUCCUGGGGCAGGCACGGCCCGGGCGCUUGUGAGAGUUUGCUCUCCACAUAACUGAAUUAUGGGCAAGGAAAGAGC